CGAGGCUGAAAGUGUUUGCGGUGCAAGUGAUUUGAUGAAUUCUAGUUGAAUUCAAUUUUGUCAGGUGCUAGCUUUGCUAUAUUUUUUAAGUUUGAUUGAAUAAUGAGUGCGGUGGGCAAUGAAUCCAGUAAUUCCGAAACGGAGUUCGAACAAGAUUGUGUGAUGCCAGUCAGAUCCUCAAACCCGAUUCGCGCCAGAAGUCUCAUCCGGAACAACUUGGAGAAGUCUAGCAGCAACUCCCAGCAGCAGCAGCACCUGCAAUCCAGAAUGCCGAACAUCAAGGUCUUCUCCGGCUCGUCCCACCCCGAUCUAGCGUCGCGCAUCGUGGACCGCCUCGGCAUCGAUCUCGGAAAGGUGGUCACGAAGAAGUUCAGCAAUUUGGAAACCUGCGUGGAAAUCGGCGAAUCCGUCCGCGGAGAAGAUGUCUACAUCGUACAGUCCGGAUCCGGCGAGAUCAACGACAACCUGAUGGAACUGCUGAUUAUGAUCAACGCGUGCAAGAUUGCAUCCGCGUCCCGUGUGACCGCUGUGAUACCAUGCUUCCCGUAUGCUCGACAGGAUAAGAAGGAUAAGGCAGGCGAUGAAAAGCUGGCCAUGUUGAUGCGAACCCAUGAAUGGAAGUUUCGGAGUCGUGCUCCAAUUUCGGCAAAGUUGGUGGCCAAUAUGCUGUCAGUAGCCGGUGCUGAUCAUAUCAUCACGAUGGAUCUGCAUGCUUCACAGAUUCAGGGUUUCUUUGACAUCCCAGUGGACAAUUUGUACGCCGAACCAGCAGUGCUCAAGUGGAUCCGGGAGAACAUUGCCGAAUGGCGAAACUCCAUCAUUGUGUCCCCGGAUGCCGGCGGUGCCAAACGUGUCACGUCAAUUGCCGACCGACUAAACGUAGAGUUUGCGCUGAUCCACAAGGAGCGUAAGAAGGCAAACGAAGUCGCCUCGAUGGUACUGGUUGGUGACGUGAAAGAUCGGGUUGCUAUCCUAGUGGACGAUAUGGCCGACACGUGCGGCACCAUUUGCCACGCUGCGGAAAAGCUAAGGGAAGCGGGCGCCACUAAGGUGUACGCCAUUCUCACGCAUGGUAUAUUCAGUGGACCGGCGGUCUCGCGGAUAAACAACGCUUGUUUCGAGGCUGUAGUCGUGACGAAUACCAUACCUCAGGAUGGGCACAUGAAAGAUUGCCCCAAGAUUCAGUGCAUUGAUGUUUCCAUGAUGUUUGCCGAGGCUGUACGUCGAACACACAACGGUGAAAGUGUUUCCUAUCUAUUUUCGAACGUGCCCUACUAAAUAUGACGCAUCGUGUACCUGGACAGUACUGGGAGGGUGAAAAAAAAAAUUAAACUAGGUUACGAAAUUGUGGACGCCAUUUUUUCUAACAUUUAUAUUUUCCCGUAUAUUUUGCAAAAGAAUGAAAACAUUUAUAUGAUAUGACCAUUAUAUAUUUUUUGUUUGCUAUUAAAAGACUCCCAAGUACAUAUCUCAAAGCAUUAUUGAGAAAUAAUCUGCAACAAUUGGAUUAAGCUAAAUGAAAUAAUUCCUCAAUUUCUGAAAAUCAUGUAUGACGCGGCAAAAGCAAAAACUAGACAGGGGCAUCGUAUUUGGUGCAGCAUCAUCAUUUGCUAUUCAAUUUAUUGGUUUCCUUCCUUAGAGGUGGGGAGCCCACACGAGCCAUUUUUCCAUUUCAUGCAUAGCAUGAGUUUUUGCUUCCGUUUAUGAUUCAUAUAAAAGUAAAAAUAAACAUCUUUAAAGUAACGAAAUAUGAAGUAGAGCAACACGUUUUGCCGAUCAUAGAAAGUAGUUUUGUUAUAGUGAGCCACUCCAGCUGAUGCCGGAACGAGACUCUUAAGAACAUCAAUUAUAUAAUUGGUUUUUAUAGACAAGCACACGUUAUUGCGAUGAAAAUGAGAGAUAAUAAUUUAAAUCAAACUAUUAUGUAAACUAUAACAACAUACAGUUCUAAUUUUUAUGCUAAUUGCUAUUAAACAGGAGAGAAAUAAAAAGAAAUAGUAUUACAAUAGUAAAA